GGUGGCCUACUGUUAGUCUGCGACUUUCUGGCAGUGGAAGUUGAAAAUGCAUGAAAUUGUCUUUAUGUGAAGAAGGUUAUAAAAUGAGAGGCGUGAUGUCGAAGAAAACAUAUGACGUGUUUGUGGGUAACCUACCGCCUGAGAGUUCAGAGGGGAGCAUAACAAAACUCUUCUCGCCUUAUGGAGAGAUUCAAGGUGUACACAUCAGGGAUGGAUCUUUCUCCAAGAUGGCGUUCGUCAAGUACGUUCAGGAGGAGGCGGCCAUCCAGGCGGUGAAGGCACGCAACGGCAUGCUCACCGACAACGGAGCGCUCAAGGUCAACCUCGCCGUGCAGAAGAAUGCUUCGGUGCUGCAGGACGGAAGUCUACAAGGUGGUCGCCGUCUGGAGAGGAAGAUGAUCGGAGGAGGAGGAGGGGGAGGAGUGUUCGGCGGGAAUCCAGUCGGGAGAGGAAGCAUCCGAUCAGUGCAGCAGCAACAGCAGCAGCAGCAGCAGCAACAACAGUUGAGGAUGGCCGCGGAGGUCGUGAAGAAGGCGCAGCUGAUGGUGACGCACGUCGUCGAUCCCGUCACGUUCUGGGCGCACACGGUCACGCCGGAGGACGCGAAUAUGCUGGCAUUCAUCACAGAACAACUGCACACCCUGGUGGCGGGCGACCCCGACAAGGUGGUUAACGUCGAGCGCGGCAAGAUCUACGCGUGCCAGUUCAGCCAGGACGGCGAGUGGUACCGCGGGCGCGUGCUCAAAAACCACGGCAACGACAGCAUCUUCGUCGGAUUCUGCGACUUCGGCAACACGGAGGAGACGACGCUCGAUAAGCUGCUAGUGCUGCCACCACCGCUGUUCUGCGUUCCCGCGCUCGCGGUGAAAUACGCGCUGACGCGACUGGAGGAGGUCGGCGUGGAGGAGGACCGCAUGAAGCACAAAGAGGGCAUCGAGUUCCUCACCCGUCUCACCGCCGCCAAAGUCCUCGAGGCGAAGAUCUUCCAGGUUCCCGGGGUCGGGGUCACCGUCGAGGCUCUCAUCGAUGACGGGGUCAACGUGGGUCAGGAGGUGCUGCGCCAAGGCUACGCUCGACGACAGUCGUUCGUGCCGAGCCAGCAGGCGAUCGCGCCACCGCUGCGACCUCACCACCAGAUGGCGCCGGCGCCGCGGCGGGCGUCGCAGACGAGCGAGGACUCGUGGCCGGCGUGGGACGCGGGGCCGCCGGACGUGUGGGACGCCGACUCCGCCGCCGCGCCGCCGCAACCGCGGUACAACCUGCCGGAAUACGGCGACCGAUUCACAGAGGGCGCCGCCGCGACGCCGAAAAACAGCGGCGACUCGUCGGAGGCGGACUACGGCAUGUUUGUCGCCACGGCGGCGGGCGGGUACGGUCAUCGCGACGACGACAACAACGCACCCGCCGCCGUCGACGGCUGGGGAGCACCCGUCGCCGCCGGCGCCCACUGGGGGGCGCCGGAGGGCGGGCGAGCGCCGAGCAUCGAGUACUGGCAGGGCGUGCCGGGCGAGAAGGCAGUCGGUGGCGCCCCCACGCCGGCGGCCUGGCCGACGAACGAACAGGGGAUCGGGACGUGGGACAACGCGACUGGCGCGCAGACGCCGGCGCCCCCGCGUGGUGGAGGAGGGAAGGCGGAGCAGCGGGAGGAGGAGAGAGGAGGAGGAGGAGGGUUUCCCGGACAGAUGCAGGACAGCAGGAGGGCCAUCCGUGGCAAGAACGCCAACGCGAGCUAUGGCCCCGCCCAUGCAGGCGACCCCCCGCAGAGAGUCCAUGGAGUUGGGGUCGGCAGCGGCGGGGUUGUUCCCGGGUGCGACGAGAGGUCGGCUGUUGCCGCGCUCGCCGUGUCGCUGAGGGAGAAGGAGGAGGAGCUGGGACGCGCGCGUGCACGCGCUGAGACACUGCACCGGGAGCUGCACCGCAUGCGCCGCGAGAUGAGCCAGACGGACUUCCUCACAAAGCUCUCGGACGUCGCGAGCAAGGUGAGGAUAGCGCGCCACCUGGCGCUGCAGUUCCCCACAGAUGGCGCCACGGUUGACGCGAUGGAGGUCGCGAUCACGUUGGUGGACGGGUCGACGGCGCGCGUCCAGCCGGCGGAGAUGGAGACGCUUCGUCGCGUGACGGUGGCGUCACAGACCUACAGGGAACUGCAGCUCUCCAUACAGCUGUCGUCAGAGAAGGACGAGGUCCAGCGACUCGCCUCGUGCCGCGACGCCGCACGUCUCGACUACCACGCCGCGCUCCGUCUCUUCAUUGACGACGUCGCUCGCCUGCCGCUUGACCGUCGCCACGGCGACCUGCGGGAGGCUGCGUCGCUGCUGGAGACGACCCACGCUCGGCACCUCGGCAGCGAGACGGCAAUCCAGGAGGCGCUACCGGUCGCGCUCGACGCGUACGCGCGGUGGAAGUGCCUGUCGCCAGGGGGCGCCACCAUGGAGGGCUGCGAGAUGCCCGCCGACCUUCACGUGAUGCUGGGAAACUACGGCGUCGCUCUGCAGACGGAGAUCGAGAAAGCAGACGUGGUGAACGGGGCGGGCGGCUCGAUCGUGGCUUCUCUCUCCGCGCUGCUCCACCGCGAGCUGACGACGGAGAUCGCGUCGAUCGAGAGGCUGCGCACGCUCAGCGGCGAGUACGCAGACGUCGCCGACUCCCUGAAGCCGUGGCUGCAGGAGCGGCCGGACCUCGCGUCGUUCCACGGCGUGCGCCGCGUCGUCAAGUCCCUCAAGUCGCGGCUUCGCCACAAGCUCGCCGACCUGCAGGACAUGGAGGAGGAGGAGGUAGAGGCGGGCAAGGAGGAGGAGGAGGGUGGAGAGGGAGAGGGGGAGAAGCCGGCGAGAGGGGAGGAGCUGCGUCUCAUCGCGCACCAGCUGGAGAGGAUCCGGGCAGAGCUUCACGUCGCCUUCCGCAGCGAGGACGCCGUACUGAUGGAGCUGGCGAGGCUCUCACGCGACCACUUCCCCGAGCUGAACCUGGUUGGCGGCGACCUGCCCGACCUCGCGCAGUACUGGUGCUCGCACGGACUGGUCAAGCCGGGUCGCGACAUUGACCAGUAUGCGGUCGCGCGGACGACGGUCGGCGGCCGGCCGCUGAUGACGGCGACGUUUGCCGGGGAGCCGGUCGUGCUGAAGGAGGAGGAACCUGCGGCGGAAGAGGAGGAAGCCCUGGUGAAGGAAGAGGAACCAGAAGCGAAGGAGGAGGAACCUGCGGCGGAAGAGGAGGAAGCCCUGGUGAAGGAAGAGGAACCAGAAGCGAAGGAGGAGGAACCUGCGGCGGAAGAGGAGGAAGCCCUGGUGAAGGAAGAGGAACCAGAAGCGAAGGAGGAGGAACCUGCGGCGGAAGAGGAGGAAGCCCUGGUGAAGGAAGAGGAACCAGCGGCAGAGGAGGAGGAAGCCCUAGCAACGGAGGAACCCGCGGCCGAGGACAGAGAGGAGGAGGUCACGGCGAAGGAGCAACCAGCGGAAGAGGAGGAAGAGGAGAUCCUGGCUAAAGAUGAGGACAUACUGGCUAAGGAGGAGGAGGCCCUGGUGAAAGAGGAGGUCGUCCUAGAACAGGAACCCACGGCGGAGGAGAAACUCUUAGUGGAAGAGGAAUCCACGGCAAAGGAGGAACCUGCAGUAAAAGAGGAGGCCCCUCCCACUAACUCGAACGCCUGGCCGACGGGCGAGGAGGGAAGCUGGGUGGCGCCACCGUUCCCGGUGGACGACCGCGCCGAGCAGAUGACAGCACCACCUGGAGCCGACGAAGGCGGAUUCUGCGACGGAGGAAUUCCAGAAUCGAGCGAAUCCGCCGCGAUGCCGGAAUGCGAUCGGAAUCCAGACGGAGCAGCGGUGGCGCUAUCUACCAGGCAGGAUGAGUCGGAAGAGGCGGGUAAUGGCGGAGGAGAAGAGGGAGGGAGGCGGACGGAGCUUCCUUCCGGAAACGCCGCGAGGGACGGAGAGUCUUCUUCCGUCGCCGCCGCCAGCGCCCUCUCGCUGGACGACGCGACCUCGGCGGCGCCCCCUGCUGAGCUCCCGGGAUGUCUGCCAGAGGGCGCCGACUGUCGCGACGCCACGGCGACGGCGUCUGCCACGGAGGAGACCUCCUCUUCCUCGUCCUCUUCUGCUACGGCUCUCCCCCUCUCCACCGUCGGAGAUGAAGGUCGGCUGGCAUCCUCGGACGUUGCCGGCGCGUCCGGCGGCGGUCAACCGAACGUCGUCGCGGAAGAGACGUCGUUGCCGUCGGCAACCGACGACGACGACGACGAGUGCCAACCGACGCCCGAGCGGACAGACGACGGCGGAUCGUCCGACUGCCGGCAGGUGGCAGCACCAGACGCCGCCUUGCCGGAAGCUUCGGACGACCGCCACCAGGGGGAGACGUUGACAGCGGCUGCUCCCUGCGGCGAACCGGCGCAAGAGGACGCCACUGGGCACGGUGGCGAGGAUGAGGAUGCAGCGUCGGACGCAGCAGUGGCGCCACCUGAUGUAGUGACGUGCACGCCGGCGCUCGUGGAAGCACAGCCGGAGACUCCGAGUCCGCAACACGAUUGAGACGCGUUGACGCGAGGAGCCAUGCUGCGUGGAGCUAAGACGGACACGGAACAGAGAGACGCAGAACAGAGACACGGAACAGAGACACGGAACAGAGAGACACUGAACACAUACACGGAACAGAGACACGGAACGUCGGCGCACGAUGAUCUCGUUCCAUGCUCGGGGAGCGCGCCGUGCGUCGCCGUCUCGGAUGCUCUUUUUUCUUUUUACGAUUUCUUGCCGCGACUGCCCGUGAGCUCGUCGCUGCUGCACGAUGCGUGGGGGCGGGCGAGGCGGGGUGGCGAUACUGAUUUUUUCCGGGAGGGGUAAUGCACGAGGUCACAUUACUGAUACCCCUUCUCUAUUAUUACUAUUAUUAUUAUUAUUGUUAUUAAUGGUAAAUAUAGCUUAGAUGUGGAUGAAAAGAUUUUUUUCCCUCCACCCAGACCUUCGGGAUUGGGACGACGAAUCGACGUGCGUUACGUUUCCGCGGCAACGUAACCCCGUCUGAUUUUCUUCGACGGACACGCGUUGGAGGGACUCUUAUUUUGUUUACUUUUUAGUAAAAAUAACCAUUUGUUUUUUUAAAUAUUCCCCCUUUGCACAUAUAGGUCUGAAUGGUUUGGGUUGAUUUGACGUAUUUAUUACCCGAGGGGGGUUUAUAACCCGAGGAGGAGGUGGGCGAGGGGGGAGUGCGCGGGUGAGGCGUUAGGAUUGCCACGAUCGAUCCUAACUGUGAUUUUUAUAUGAUUAAAAUGCAAUCCUUAUUUUUCGUAGCGUAUCUGCCUUUAGCGGAGGUGGAUCGGCAAUUGGUGGAAGAGGUGUGUGUGUGUUUGUGUCAGGGAAUCACGACGACAAGUCGUGAUCAUGUUACCGUCACCACUGGUGGCAUUUCACGAUCCGCGCACUUGCCCCUGCCCCCGCCCCCCCUACGUGGGCGUGUCGUCGCAUUCGGGAGUGCCGCCCACCCAAUGCCGACGGAGUUUACGAUUUAAUAAAAAAGUAUUUGUAAAAUUUUAGAGAUUAAUGGGGGAAGAGAGCCUCGCGCUCAACGAAAUGUUUUGGUGCUCGAAAUUUCGGCGGCCGAAGGUUGAGCAAUAAAUAGCGCCUGGCCCGUUGCGUUGCCGUAGCGACGGUCGGUGUCGUUCCAAGAUGGCGCGAGUUAUGUUAACAAGCACCGAACCAUUGCAUGCACUUUUGUUUUACGUUUUUCGUGUGACGUGAUAAGGUGCGCGAGAAUGGUAUUUUGUUAGACUUAUCGAGUUUCCUCUUUUUUAUGUUUUGUUUUAUAGUAUUAAACUAUAUAAAAGAUGCCUAUCAUAGUGAUAUUUGAUUAAAAUUUACUAAAAUGGUUCUCUAUAUAAAAGUUUUGAGCACCCAAAUGAGGGGAGCAUCAUAAAAUGUCUACUAAAAUUAUGUGUCAUAGGUAAACGGCGUGUAUUACGAACUAAAAUAUUUUACUCUAAAAUUUCGGAGUCACGUGUGCUCCUGCGCCCAAAAGUGUUUUCGACUUUAUAGAAAGUUUUUAUCGUGGUGUUUGGGGGAUAGUGAAGGUGCCCCUGGAUUAUCACAUUCUGUACAAACGAGGCCUAAAAUUCUUUAUAAAAAAUUUCGCCGAUAGUACGGCUCUAUAUAUCUACGUGCGCGUGCCUAAAAUCUUUUUUUGCAGCGAUAUACUAAUAUCAGAGUAAGCAGCGUUUAAAAUCUUUACGGAGAAGACUUAAAAAUCUUCUCAAAAAAAAUCUUGAGAUUGUCGGAGAGUGUGUGUGUGUGGGCUAGCGCGAGAGUAGUAACAAAUGACGCCAUCUUGUUCACGGUCUGGCCGCCGGUCUGUUAACCACAUGGUGUGGGAGUGGUGCCGCUCUGGUGUCACCAACGGUGGACACGUCGUCGGUGACGUCAGCGGUUGCCCCUCGUCACUCGGUCGUGUGGCGAUGGCUACGGGUGAGGGUAUAGCGGGGUAGAUAGCGUAGGAGCCAGCUUGAACAGAAGCAUUCUGAGACGUUGUUGUGGACGAAUCACCGAGACCGCGUCGUAGGGUUCACACAGUCGACGAAAUUAACGAAAUUCCUCAUGCGAAUCGCUAUGGUCUAAAAUUGAAAUAAUUGGCGGAAUUCUCAACGUUCUGUGGAAAAAGUAAACGUCUCUGGGAAGGAUACAAUGACCUCGGCUAUUGACCUUCGUCGUUGCCCUUGACCCCCGGGGGUCGCGCGGACUGAUUUUGUACUCGAAUGUUCUCCGCCGGCGGUAAUUGCCAUUAAAAUAAACUGGUUUUUCUAACAUCGCA